AUGGCGAGGGGCGCUGGUACAGGGGCAGGGGAGCUGGACGGGCUGCGAGGGCGGGGCGGGGGGGAGGCGGAGGGACGAACGAGAGGGGACGCGCAGCAAGGGUGCACCGAGGGGAGGGAGAGGAGCGAAGGGGGCGAGGGGAGCGAGGGGGACAGGGGCGAGGGGAUGGUGGCGCGAGGGGAUGAAGGCCUGGCAGGCGGUGCAUGCGAGGAUGAGGCGAGCGCGCGCGGAGGCCGCGAGCAGCGGGAUCGGGGGGCAGCAGCGGGGCGGCCACGGGAGGCGAGAGACCACGGGCAGGGGCAGGGGCAGGGGCAGGGGCGGCGGGUGAUUGUGAUAUCGGGCCCCACAGCAGUGGGCAAGUCGCGGCUGGCGCUGGCGGUGGCGGAGGCGGUGCGGGGCGGCGAGGUGGUGAGUGCGGACUCGGUGCAGGUGUACCGCCGGCUGGACGUUGGCUCCGCCAAGGCCUCCCCUGACGAGCAGCGCCGCGUCCCUCACCACCUGCUGGACAUCCGCGAGCCGUGGCAAGGUGGGGCGCGGUGGGGCGAGGUGGGGCACGGUGGGUGGGGCGUGGUGAGGUGGCGGGGCCGUGCAGUGGGCCGGAGGCAAAACGGUGCGAAGUUCACGGCGGCCGACUUUUAUGAGGAGGCACGCGCGGCGGUGGAGGGUGUGGUGCAGCGGGGGGGCGUGCCGGUGGUGGUGGGCGGCACGGGGCUGUACCUCGCAUGGCUGCUGCACGGCCGCCCCGCCACCCCCCCCUCCUGCCCUGCGCUGGAACGCGCCGUGGCAGGCGAGAUCGAGGCCGCUGUGAUGCUCGCCAGGCAGGCCAGGAGGGGGAGGGGCUCGAGGGGGGAUGAGAGGAGCGUAGGGGCGGUUGGUGGGGCGGAAGAGGCAGUAGGUGGGGGUGAGGGGGAUGGGGAUGCAGCAGAGGGAAGGGCGUCUGCUGCUGAUGCUGUGAGGGACGGCUUGGAGAAAGCGUUGAGUGCUGAUGGGAGGAGCGAGCAGGGCAACGAUGGUGCAGGUGUGGGUGUGGGUGUGGGUGUGGGGGGAGGUGGCAUGGUUGUGGGGGGAAUGGAGGACGAGAUGGGGGGGCGGGCCGAAGCAGGGAGAGGGAGAGAGGCGAGGGAGCGGGGGUGGGCGAGCAGGCAGCCGAGUGUGAGGUAUGCGGAGGAGGGCGACUGGGAGGCCGCUCUGGCUGCUCUUGCUGCUGCGGGCGACCCAAUCACAGCAGGCCAGCUGGCUCGGAAUGACUGGUACCGGCUGACCAGGGCGUUUGAGAUUCUCAGGGCCACGGGGCGGCCUCGGUCAGAGAUCACCGUGCCUUCGCACGAGGCCAAACACACCUCCCCGCCUGCUGCUGCUGAUGCUGCUGCUGCUGCUGCUGCCACUGCCUCGUCACCGCCACCAUUCGACUUCCACUGUUUCUUCCUGGACGCCCCUCGCUUGCCGCUGUACCGCCGAAUAGAUAGACGCUGCGAAGAGAUGGUGCAAGUCCGCUGCACCCUCCUCGCACCAUCGCCCUCACCUGCACCACAUGAGUCCACGCGCCUUUCACCAACCCACGGCGCCCCCUCGCCCUCAUGCAUCCAUCUCUUGCCUUCCUCUCCUCUGCAUGCCCCAUCGUCCCGUGCGCUCUCUCCGUGCGGCCGGCGGGCAGGAGGGCUGCUGGAGGAGAGUCUGGCGCUGCUGCGAGUGGGGCUGCACCCUGACUCCUCGUCGCCCACACACGCCAUCUUCCCGUGCUCUCUCUCGUGCUCGCUCCUCCCAUGCGUCUGCCCGGCAGGAGGGCUGCUGGAGGAGAGUCUGGCGCUGCUGCGAGUGGGGCUGCACCCUGACUCCUCGUCGCCCACACACGCCAUCUUCCCGUGCUCUCUCUCGUGCUCUCUCCUCCCAUGCGUCUGCCCGGCAGGAGGGCUGCUGGAGGAGAGUCUGGCGCUGCUGCGAGUGGGGCUGCACCCUGACUCCUCGUCGCCCACACACACUAUCUUCCCGUGCUCUCUCUCGUGCUCUCUCCUCCCAUGCGUCUGCCCGGCAGGAGGGCUGCUGGAGGAGAGUCUGGCGCUGCUGCGAGUGGGGCUGCACCCUGACUCCUCCUCGCCCACACACGCCAUCUUCCCGUGCUCUCUCUCGUGCUCGCUCCUCCCAUGCGUCUGCCCGGCAGGAGGGCUGCUGGAGGAGAGUCUGGCGCUGCUGCGAGUGGGGCUGCACCCUGACUCCUCGUCGCCCACACACACUAUCUUCCCGUGCUCCCUCUCGUGCUCUCUCCUCCCAUGCGUCUGCCCGGCAGGAGGGCUGCUGGAGGAGAGUCUGGCGCUGCUGCGAGUGGGGCUGCACCCUGACUCCUCGUCGCCCACACACGCCAUCUUCCCGUGCUCUCUCUCAUGCUCGCUCCUCCCAUGCGUCUGCCCGGCAGGAGGGCUGCUGGAGGAGAGUCUGGCGCUGCUGCGAGUGGGGCUGCACCCUGACUCCUCGUCGCCCACACACGCCAUCUUCCCGUGCUCUCUCUCGUGCUCUCUCCUCCCAUGCGUCUGCUCGGCAGGAGGGCUGCUGGAGGAGAGUCUGGCGCUGCUGCGAGUGGGGCUGCACCCUGACUCCUCGUCGCCCACACACGCCAUCUUCCCGUGCUCUCUCUCGUGCUCGCUCCUCCCAUGCGUCUGCCCGGCAGGAGGGCUGCUGGAGGAGAGUCUGGCGCUGCUGCGAGUGGGGCUGCACCCUGACUCCUCGUCGCCCACACACACCAUCUUCCCGUGCUCUCUCUCGUGCUCGCUCCUCCCAUGCGUCUUCCCGGCAGGAGGGCUGCUGGAGGAGAGUCUGGCGCUGCUGCGAGUGGGGCUGCACCCUGACUCCUCGUCGCCCACACACACCAUCUUCCCGUGCUCUCUCUCGUGCUCUCUCCUCCCAUGCGUCUGCCCGGCAGGAGGGCUGCUGGAGGAGAGUCUGGCGCUGCUGCGAGUGGGGCUGCACCCUGACUCCUCGUCGCCCACACACACCAUCUUCCCGUGCUCUCUCUCGUGCUCUCUCCUCCCAUGCGUCUGCCCGGCAGGAGGGCUGCUGGAGGAGAGUCUGGCGCUGCUGCGGGCGGGCCUGCAGCCGGACUCCUCCUCGCCCACACGCGCCAUCGGCUACCGCCAGGCCAUGUGCUUCCUGCUGCACUGCCAGCGCCUCAUGGGGCAAGCGAGGACCAGUGAGGAGCGAGGGCUGCAAGAGCAGCAGGUGGAAGAGCAGCGACGGGCACUGCAGGAGGCAUUGCAGGAGGAGCUGCAGGCGGCGCUGGUGGCGUUCAUCUUGGAGUUCCAGCAGGCGUCACGGCGCUACGCCAAGCGGCAGAUCACGUGGUUCCGCUCCCAACCACUCUUCCAAUGGCUGCCCGCCCACACCCCCCUGGUGAGAGGUGUUGGCCCCCUGGUGAGAGGUGUUGGCCCCCUGUCGAUUCCACGGCUCCAUGUUCCCCCUCCCCUCCCCCCUGCCCUCCAUGUUCCCCCUCCCCUCCCCCCUGCCCUCCAUGUUCCCCCUCCCCUCCCCCCUGCCCUCCAUGUUCCCCCUCCCCUCCCCUCUGCCCUCCAUGUUCCCCCUCCCGUUCCCUCUGCCCUCCAUGUUCCCCCUCCCCUCCCCUCUGCCCUCCAUGUUCCCCCUCCCCUCCCCUCUGCCCUCCAUGUUCCCCCUCCCCUCCCCUCUGCCCUCCAUGCUCCCCCUCCCCUCCCCUCUGCCCUCCAUGUUCCCCCUCCCCUCCCCUCUGCCCUCCAUGCUCCCCCUCCCCUCCCCUCUGCCCUCCAUGUUCCCCCUCCCCUCCCCUCUGCCCUCCAUGUUCCCCCUCCCCUCCCCUCUGCCCUCCAUGUUCCCCCUCCCCUCCCCUCUGCCCUCCAUGUUCCCCCUCCCCUCCCCUCUGCCCUCCAUGUUCCCCCUCCCCUCCCCUCUGCCCUCCAUGUUCCCCCUCCCCUCCCCUCUGCCCUCCAUGUUCCCCCUCCCCUCCCCUCUGCCCUCCAUGUUCCCCCUCCCCUCCCCUCUGCCCUCCAUGACGAGCUGGUGGGGAUGGUGCUGCGGGACUUUGAUGGGUCCACGGGCGGGGAGGGGCACGCAGGUGGGGAGGUGCGGGCUGGUGGGGAGGGGCAGGGGGAUGAGGAGGAGCAGGAGGGUGGGGAGGGGAGAUUUGGGGCAGAGAGGGAAGGGGGGCAGGGUGGUGUUGGAGGAGGCGGGGGGGGCAGUGGGCACGCGUGGGAGAAGGCGGGGAGGCGAGAGCAGCGCAGGGAGAGCAAGGAGGAGGAGCGGGCGCUGAAGGGGUAUCGGGCACAGCUGGAGAUUUACUGCGACCAGAAUGCCAUUGAUGCCACGCUGGCGUGGAUUCAAGCCAACGUCACGCCGCGCCAACAGGGCUCACAGAGCGAGCAAGGCAACACUGGUGCUGCAGUCAUCAUGUCGUCGACGUCUAAAUCCAAGUCGCGCGUGCGCCUCUCGCGGCUCCUCUCAUACGCGGGGUGCAUCCGGCCACGUGCAGACGAGAGCGAGCUGGUCGGAGAGAAGGGCUUUCAGCGCCACGUGUACUGCAACGAGCCGCAUCGCCAUGUGGAGAAAGGCAGUCCGCUUCGUUAUUGUAACAACUCAAUAUCCACCACUAAAUACUCGAUACUGUCCUUCCUCCCCAAGGCGCUAUUCGAGCAGUUCCGCCGCGUCGCCAAUCUCUACUUCCUGCUCUGCGCCAUCCUCGCGCUCACGCCGCUUACGCCGUACGCGCCGUACAGUCUGAUCGCGCCGCUCGUGCUGGUGGUGGGCGUCAGUAUGAUCAAAGAGGCCAUCGAAGACUGGCGUCGAUACCUCGCUGACGACGAGGUGAACAAGCGCAAGGUGCUGCGGCACGUGGGCGAGGGGCGGUUCGAGCCGUGCGAGUGGAAGGCGGUGCGCGUGGGCGACGUAGUUAAAGUGCUCAAGGACGAGUUCUUCCCGGCCGACCUCCUAAUGCUCGCCUCCAGCUACCCGGACGGCGUGUGCUACGUCGAAACAAUGAACCUGGACGGCGAGACGAAUCUUAAGCUGCGCAAGGCGCUCGAGCGCACACUGCCGCUCGAGGACCCCGAGGCGCUCGCGAAAUUCACGGCGGAGAUUAAGUGUGAGGACCCGAACCCGAGUUUGUACACGUUCGUGGGGAAUUUGGAGUGGGAGGGCGAGGCGACGGCGCUGACCGCGGCGCAGGUGCUGCUGCGCGACUCGAAGCUGCGCAACACGGCGUGGGUGGUGGGGGUGGUUAUCUUUACCGGCCACGACAGCAAGGUCAUGAUGAACGCAACCGCCGCGCCGUCGAAGCGCAGCUCGAUCGAACGGCGCAUGGAUAAGAUCAUCUAUUUCCUCUUCGCGUGUCUGCUGCUCAUGGCGAUCGUGGGGAGUAUCGUCUUCGGCUUGCGCACGAAGGAUCAAAUGCCGUCGUGGUGGUACCUCGGUCCGAACGACACUGACGCGUAUUACGACCCCGCGAAACCCGCCGCGUCGUCCGUGCUGCAGUGCCUGACGGCGAUUAUCCUGUACGGUUACCUCAUCCCUAUUUCGCUAUACGUGUCGAUCGAGAUCGUGAAGAUCUUCCAAGCGUGGUUCAUUAGCGCCGAUCGCGGGAUGUAUUUCGCGGAAACGGACAUGCCGGCACGCGCGCGCACGAGCAAUUUGAACGAGGAGCUAGGGCAGGUGGAUACGGUGCUAAGCGACAAAACCGGCACGCUGACGUGUAACCAGAUGGAUUUUCUCAAGUGCUCUAUCGCCGGCCUCGCGUACGGCCGCGGCAUUACCGAGGUCGAGCGCGCCACGGCGCGGCGGCUCGGCCGCGAUCUGAGCGAGCUGGAGGAUUACGACGAGGAGGAGGAGCGCGCCGCGGCGGAGGCGGCGGUGAGCGGGACGGCGAAACCGGGGGUUAAGGGGUUCGCGCUUCGGGAUAAUAGACUCCUGGACGGCGCGUGGCUGCGCGAGUCGCACCGCGAGGAGAUCCGCAUGUUCCUGCGCGUGCUGGCCGUGUGCCACACCGUCAUUCCCGAGGUGGACGAAGCUUCCGGGCAGGUGGAGUACGAGGCGGAGUCGCCUGACGAGGCGGCGUUCGUGGAGGCGGCGCGGCAGAUGGGCGUGGCGUUCUUCAAGCGCACGCAGACGACCGUUUGGGUGCGCGAGCCGGAUGAAACGGGGCAGAGCACCGUUGACAGGGAGUACACGAUCCUGGCACUGAUAGAGUUCAACUCCACACGCAAGCGCAUGUCGGUGGUCGUGCGAGACCCCUCCAACCGCAUCCUCCUUAUGACCAAGGGCGCUGACUCCGUCAUCUAUGAACGCCUAGCCCCCACCGGGCGGCAGCAUUUGGAAGCUACCCGUGCCCACCUGCAUCGGUAUGGGGAGGCAGGGCUGCGGACGCUGGCGCUGGCGUAUAGGGAGUUGAGUGAGGAGGAGUGCGGAGAGUGGCUGGAGCGGUAUGAAGGGGCGAGGAGGAGUUUGAGUGCGGAGAGGGAGGCUCUGGUUGAUGCUGCUGCGGAGGAGAUUGAACAGGGGCUGACGCUGCUGGGGGCGACUGCUGUGGAGGAUAAACUGCAGCAAGGGGUACCAGAGGCCAUAGACCGGCUAGCGCAGGCGGGCAUCAAGAUCUGGGUGCUCACAGGAGACAAGCUCGAGACGGCCAUCAACAUUGGCUUCGCGUGCUCGUUGCUGCGCGACGACAUGAAGCAGAUUGUCGUGUCCCUUGACUCGCCUGACAUUCGCAAGCUGGAGGACACCGGGGACAAGGAGAAGCUCGCUGCUGUGUGCAGGGACAGGGUGAAGCGCCUACUGCACGACGGCGCUGCACUCAUCGACCGUGCCCGAGAGGGGGGCGCUCCUGCUACCGGGGCCGAUGCCAAUGGUGGGGACGCAGCAGGCAAUGGCAAUGGCGACGGGGGAGAGGGGGACGGGGAGGGGGACGAGGAGGGGGAUGAAGGGCCGGCGCGGGUGUUUGCGCUGGUGAUAGACGGCAAGUCGCUGGCAUUCGCGUUGGAGCCAGAGUUGAGAGCGGCGCUGCUGGCGCUCGCCAUGCAGUGCGCCUCUGUGGUGUGCUGCCGCGUGUCUCCCAAACAGAAAGCCCUGGUGACGCGGCUGGUGAAGGACGGCACGGGGCGCACGACGCUGGGCAUUGGCGACGGGGCGAACGAUGUGGGCAUGAUUCACGAGGCUGACAUUGGUGUUGGGAUCAGUGGCGUGGAGGGGCAACAGGCGGUGAUGGCGAGUGACUUUGCCAUAGCGCAGUUCAAGUACCUGGAGCGGCUGCUGCUCGUGCACGGCCACUGGAGCUACAAGCGCAUCGCCAACGCGGUGACCUAUUUCUUUUACAAGAACGUGGCGUUCGGCCUCACCAUCUUCUACUACAACGCGUAUGCGGUGUUUUCCGGGCAGAUCGUGUACAAUAGCUGGGCCUGCUCGCUCUACAACGUCUUUUUCACCUCGCUGCCCGUCAUCGGCUAUGGGGUUCUGGAGCAAGAUCUAUCCGACAAGCAAUUGCUUAUGGUGAGUAGAGGACAUGUGGGGUUGUGUGGGGCUGUGUGGUGCGUUGGAGCAUCGUGGGAGCACAUUUAUGGGACGCCGGAGGACAAGGAGAAGAAUGUGACGCCGUGCAACCACGAAGUCGCCAUCAAACUUCGAGCGGAAGCAGCAGCAGCUAAUGAGCGUGACGGAAGCGCCACUCUGUCAACCCUUGGCUCCACUUCAACCCUAGACGUCGAACCCACUCGGCGCGCACGGCAGCGGGACAUCCGCGACAUGGUGGAUGACACUGCACGCGCUCGACUGGACCAUUUAUGGGCUGCUGCAGUGGCUGAUAACGACUGGGCGUUCCACACGUCCAGGUCUCCAGCCGUGCAGAACUUCGUGGAUGCGGCUGUUGCCUUCGGGAAACAGUACACCCUCCCAUCCCCCUUCAGGGUUUCGGGUGUGCUGCUUCAAAAACUGGUAGCGGAUACCGCGAACAUUGUACGGCCCCUGAAGGAGAGUUGGAAGACUACUGGCUGCACCCUCUCCGUGGAUGGCUGGACCUGCAUGAAGAGUCGUGGGCUCGUGUGUGUCAUGGCCCACAAUGACACGGCGCCUGUCAUCGUGAAGACCGUGGACUCCAAGACCGCGAAGAAGACGGGGGAAUACUUGGCCGGUCUCAUCCAGCGCGCGAUCUGUGAUGUUGGAGACUCGAACGUGGUCCAGGUGGUCAUGGACAACGCCUCCAACAACCGGAGGGCGGCUGACAUUCUCCGUGACGGUUUUCCAGCAAUUUUCUUCAACAACUGUGCGGCGCACGUCCUGGAUCUGAUGCUCCACGACAUCGGGAAGGUCCGUGCUGUGCGGCGGGUGCUCAACCAGGUGCACAGGGUGGUUAUGAUCGUCAAGGGAAGCGCGUCUGCCGUCGUGCUCUUCGAGGAGUUGUUUAGCACAUUGUCCUUGGUGCGGCCCGGUGCAACACGCUUCGGCACGCAGGUUAUCAUGCUUACCCGCUUCCUGGAAGUGAAGAAAGCGCUCAAGGAGAUGGUGAUUAGUGAGGAGUGGGAGUCGGUGGCGGUGGCACGGUCUGAGGAGGGGCGAGCUGUCCGCCUGCUCCUCUUGGAUGAGGUCUUUUGGGACUGCGCGACAGCGGUCCUCCGCCUCAUGACACCCGUGUACGAAGUGCUGCGGGUGGUUGACACCCGUGCUCUAGUCAUGGGCCAGAUCUAUGGCCUCAUGCUAGAUGCCACGGUGAAGACAAACAUUGCGGCAGAGGCGGCAGCCAAAAUGAUGCUGAAACGCACAGCUCUCUUGCCGGCCAAAGACAAGCCGGCCUUUCUUGCCGCCAUCAAGGCUAUUAUAGCCAGGAGGUGGGACGUCCAGCUCCACAAUCCACUCCAUGCUAUGGGGUGGCUUCUAAACCCGCGCAAUCAGUACGGCAGAGAGGUGAAGAACGAUCCCGAGGUAAGGCGUGGGGCGGAAGCCGUGAUCCAGGCACGUGGGGGGGAUGUCGCUCAACGCACGCUGCUGUUGGCGCAGUUGACGCGGUUUCAUUUGGGAGAGGGGCUGAUAGGGUCCGAUGAUGCCCGUUGGGCAGCGCAGGUGCUGGUGGCGAGUGGGCGCUUGACGGAGGCAGAGUGGUGGCUGAUGUAUGGGGGGGAAUUGCAAGCGCUCAUGGGGAUGGCUGUGACGGUGCUGUCACAGCCAGUCACGUCUUCUGAGGAUCUCUCCGAUAAACAGCUGCUCAUGGUGAGUGUGGGCUGUGUGGGAAGCUAUGCUCUAUACCCAUGCCCACUACCCGGCAUCGGCUACAGGGUGCAGGAGCAGGACCUCUCCGAUAAGCAAUUGCUUAUGCCGUGCUGCUUGUCACACUCACACCCACAUGUUCCCCCGCUUCCCCCGUAUGCCCCCUCCCCUCUAUGCCCCUGCCAGUUCCCAGCGCUGUACCAGCAGGGUCCCAAGAAUGUGUUCUUCCACUGGACCACCAUUGCCAUGUGGAUCUUCUAUGGUUUCGCCCAGUCCGUGCUGCUCUUCUGGUCCUGCCUCGCUGCCGUGCUGCCCCAGGCGUCUCUCCCCUCGGGCAAGCUCCCCGAGAUGAACGGGCUCAGCGCCACACUCAUGACGGGCGUGGUCGUGGCAGUGAAUUUCCAGAUUGCGCUUAUAACGGAGCACUGGACCUGGAUCACUCACCUCUUCAUCUGGGGUAGCAUCGCGGUCUGGUACCUCUUUCUCGGGGUGUACUCGUACUUCGGCCCUGAUUGGUCCACGGAUUAUUACUACAUUUUCUCCGAGGUGCUUGCGCCGAGUGCGCUGUACUGGCUGACAGGGCUGCUGCUGCUACCAGUGAUGGCGGUGCUGCCGUACUUUGUGUUCCGCGGUGUGGAGUCGCGGAUAGCCCCCCCGGACCAGCAGAUUGUGCAGGAGAUAGUGCGGCUGAAGCAGGACGAGGAGGCGGCCAAGGCGGCUGUGGCGCCGCCGCUGGCGCCGGUUGGGUUCACAGCGGCUGUUGAGGCGGUGAGCAAGCGGCUGAGGAAGGUGGAGAGGAAACGGAGGAGACGAGGGGAGAAGUGA